AAAACAUCCUUUUUAACUGAAGAGCAGAAAAAGGCACACCACAUUGCUUCGGAACAGAAAAGAAGACAGGCCAUUAGAUCCGCUUUCGAUAGAAUCGUCAAUUUAGUUCCAAAUUUAUCCGUUGAGGAAAGUCGAACCGAAGUCGCGGUAUUGACCAAAAGUGCAAACUAUUUAAAAGAUUUAUAUGAUCAAAACCAAGUUUUAGUAAAUCUACUAAUUUCUCAAAAAAUAAAUAUCCACAAUGACUUAAUCUUAAACAGACCCUCAGCU